GGUGGUGGUGGUGGGGGAAAGACAAGCUGAGUGUGCGUCUCAUCUAAUAGAGCCUCGGAGCGCAUUUUCUUCCCCGUCAUCUCCGUCUGGGCGGUCGGUUCUGCGCCGUGCCGGGGAGACGGCCAGGAGAAGAUGCGUUGAUGCGAAAGGAUAUUCUCAGUAGCCGAGUUUAAUUGGUGUGAUUCAUGUCCCUGUUGAGUGGCUGAAACCAAUUCAGAGAGAAAGAAGAUAGUGAGGACGAGAUUCGCGCAGAGAGCCGCACGCUGGAGUCUUUGGGAAUGAAGGAAUUAUAAACAGGACGAAAAGAGGAGGGACGCACGCCAGCAGGUCAAAGUUUGUUUUGCAGUAGUGGGGGUUUUCUUUUCUGCGGACAUCACUGUGCCUCAGAUUGACGCCGUGAUGGAAUGACACUUGGAGAGAGGAUGAUGGACACUUUGGCACCGGAGCUCCUGCUCAGAAAUCCUUCCGUUUCCACCAGGCGCGGUGCUGACCGAGCCCUCAGGACGGUGAUAAGUCAUUUGUUUUGAAGUGGCAGGGAUAUCCUCCUCUUGAUCGUUUUCUCCCCCCUCGGUCACCAAACAAGAGUGAGAGAUGGUGCGCAAAGCGAUUCCUCAGAGACUGACGUGCGUACUCAUCACAUUCCCGUUAAGGAGCGCAUCUUAAAGAGCUUCUUUCUUCAUCAAUGUUCAUUCUGCUGCUCUGAACUUGUUGAACGGCGUUAAAGAGCUGAGGGACACGGAGAGCCCGGUCCAAGAGGGGCAUUCAAGAGAUUGCCAGAUCGCCACACAGGACGAGGACUAUGACUGACAGCCAGGCAAGCUGAGGAGACCUGUCACUCAUCUUCCUAUCAGCGUGUCAGGGGGCUAUCUCCUUCUUACCUCCCCCCUCUUCCUCCACCUUCUCCUGCACCGUCCUCCUCCCUCCCUCAGUCCUCUCCUCUUAUCUUCUCAAUGGGCUGGUAACCUCAGCAUCAUCAUAGUUAUCCACCACUCCAGAAACCUGAGAGAGAGAAAUAGUGAAAAAAGACAACAAAAAAAAACAAGACACUUCUGAACUGACCCUUGCUCCACCUGAAGGGAGUGUGGCAUGCCUCCUCACUCCAGCUGAGUGUGUUGUAGUAAGUGGAAGUAGCAGAGGGAUCCCUUGUUCAUAAACCUUCAGAAGGAGAUACAGCUCCUUGAGAAGGAGCUGAGAGAGGACCAGUCAUGCGUUUCAAUUUCGUGUUGACGCUGCAGGCGCUGUGGACCGCUCUUUGCCAGGCGGCCAUGCAGCACUACCCUGCAGCAUGGGGCCACUACGAUGUAUGUAAGUCCCAGGUUUUCUCAGAUGAAGGCCUAACCUGGGACUACAUGGCCUGUCAGCCAGAGGCGGCAGAUAUGACCCAGUACCUGAAAGUUACUCUGGAUCCCCCCAACAUAACCUGUGGAGACCCUCCAGAGACGUACUGCGCCCUGGAGAACCCUUACAUGUGUAAUAAUGAAUGUGAUGCCAGCACUGAGGAGCUUGCCCACCCUCCAGAGCUCAUGUUUGACACUGAGGGCCGUAACCCCACGACCUUCUGGCAAUCCACAUCCUGGAAGAAGUACCCAAAGGCCCUCCUGGUCAACAUCACGCUUUCUUGGAACAAGACCAUUGAGCUGACCGACGACAUCGUCCUCACUUUCGAAUCAGGCCGGCCUGAACAAAUGGUCCUGGAAAAGUCACUGGAUUAUGGACGAACCUGGCAGCCCUACCAGUUCUAUGCCACUGACUGCCUGGACGCCUUCACCAUGGAGCCCAAGACGGUGCAGGACCUGACCCAGCAUACCCUGCUGGACAUCAUCUGCACUGAGGACUACUCACGAGGUUAUGUGUGGAAGUAUGAUAAAACUGUACGCUUUGAGAUCAAGGACCGCUUUGCGCUGUUUGCUGGGCCCCGGCUCCACAACAUGGCCUCGCUUUAUGGCCAAUUGGACACGACCAAGAAUCUGAGGGACUUCUUUACCAUCACAGACCUGAGAAUCCGCCUGCUCCGGCCUGCCACAGGAGCUACGAUGGUGGAUGAGAACAACCUGUCCAGAUACUUCUAUGCCAUUUCUGACAUCAAAGUGCAGGGCAGGUGCAAGUGCAACCUCCACGCCAACAGCUGUGUGUAUGACAAAGAGAAGUUGAGCUGCGAGUGUGAACACAACACCACUGGGCCCGACUGUGGCCGCUGUAAGAGGAAUUACCAGGGGCGAGCAUGGAGUGCUGGCUCCUACCUGCCCAUCCCCAAGGGCACGGCUAAUAUUUGUGUUCCUAAUAACAUUGGUCCAGUUAACUGUGAAUGCUUUGGCCACUCCAACCGAUGCAGCUACAUCGAGCUGCUAAACACCGUCAUUUGCGUGAGCUGUAAGCACAACACUAGGGGCCAGCACUGCCAGCUAUGCAAGCUGGGCUACUACCGCAAUGCCUCGGCAGAACUGGAUGAUGAAAAUGUGUGCAUAGAGUGUAAUUGUAAUCCCUUUGGCUCAGUCAGUGAUCGCUGUAAUGGCACAGGAUUUUGUAUAUGUAAGGAGGGCACUACAGGGCCCAAGUGUCAGGAGUGUCUACCCGACUAUUUUUGGGACGAUGGCUGCAAAUCCCAGGUCUGUAACAACGAACUCCUGCACUGCCAAAAUGGCGGGGUGUGUGUCAACAACGUCCGCUGCAACUGUCCCUCAGCCUACACAGGCCUGAUGUGUGAGAAUCCCCGCUGCGAGUCGGAGCUUGGGGGCUGCAGGGGCCCCGAUUCGGGCCAGUCCCCCCUGAUGCCUCCGUCCUCCCUCGGGCUGCUGCUGCUGCUGCUGGGCUCGGCACUGCUGAGAGAGGCUUCCUGCAGGCCCGCUGUGCUCUAAAGAGACCCAUGACCUAGUGGGAGUGAUACACUCCCCAACCUCUCCACCUUAACCCGCCCAUCCCACCUUUCAAAUAAUCAACAACCAUUAAACAAGAACAACCAUGAGCUUUCUGGACUGUACUGUACUGAGCUUCUCCGCCGCCAGACUCAAUGGAUACUCGCGCUGAUGAAAAGGGAAUGUGCCAGACAAAUGAGUGCAAAAACUUUUCAUUUAAUUUCAAAGAAUAUAUAGAAAUGAACAAACGUAUACUUCUAAAAAUGCCAGAUAUUAUUAAAAAGAAAGAGAAACUGAGUGUUUAUUUAUUGAGAGUAAAAUGAGCAAACAGCAGUAAGGCUCCCUCCCCCUCUAAGCCAUACCAGGUACUUGAGCUCCUUCCAGUUUGAGGAGGGAUAACUGAAGAUGACAGACUCAUUCACUUCCUCUCUUAUUGCCACGGCAACAACAGCUGCGACCAAUCAGCUAUCGCACGAGCCGACAGUGGCCACCGAUCCCCCCGGGAUGCCUCUGCGAGUUAAUGUUGGCUGGACUGACGCCGAAGAAAUCUCAAAGAAACUGUCUCUGCUGAAAGGCAAAGACUGGCCUCUGAAACACGACAUUAUACUUAAAUACACCCACAAACUGAAAGAGGACAAAGACAGGACGCAUUCUUUGCUGUCAGUGCAUUGUGGAUAGAAGGAAAUCUGUCCGGACUGCCACUUUGUGACACACAAACCUUGCCCACGUCGAUCCCUCUCUAGCUUUCUGUCUCUCCUUCGAGCUCUAUCUCAUCCUCCCUCCUGUUCAUCCUCCCUCCCUCCCUCUCCCCCCAUGCUGAGCCCCCUCGCCAUCCUGCCACUGACCUGUGCUUUCGUGAACGUUACUCUGUAAACCUUUGUUGGUUGAAAGAUUCUUUUGUCCGAUGUUAGUGAUGCACAUGUGUACGAAGCCCUCUCCCCUCCCCUCCCUUCCCUCUCCUCCCUUGCCUCCUUUUCCCCUCCUCCAAAAAGAUACUCCAAUAAAGCUGUCUGAUUCUUUUCAAUCUUAGAGCCACCACGCUCCCUGCGAUCAUGGUCAGAGGAUAGUUAUCACCUGAGCAGACAAGACGUGCAUAGAAAACCAUCAGUGUAUUUGCAAGUUUUUUUCUCGACAGAGCAAACAAAAAAAGAAUCAUAUAGUCCUUUUGUAUCUUUGCCGAACUGUGAUUGAAAAAAGGCAACCUUUAAUGUAUCUAUUUAAGACAUCCAAAUGCAGAAGCAAUUGUUUAUGGUUUUGUUUUCUUUCAUUCUCCUUUUCUUUCAUUGACUUAUUUUAUUUGUUAUUAUUUCUUUUAGUUGUGCAGUUGAUUUUCCUUUGUAUUGGCAACGUGCUGGCAUCAAAGAAUAUCAGUUUACAUAUACAGUAUUAAUAAAGUGUAAUAAAAUCCCACCAAAGGACAUUAUAAAUGUUUUGUUCUUGCUUUAACACUUGAGACUUUAAGUGAAUAAAAGUUAAAAAAUUAAA